AACUUCCGGUAUAAUGGAGAACCAGAUUUGAAUUCGCUUUUAUUCGCUAAGUAACGUCUGUCUAGUCUUCGACCUCUGCCUCUUGUUUUGAACGACAGAAACGCGUGAGGUAAUCAUACCUCAAGUGAAAUACAUUCUAACGCGGUGCAUUUUAAAUUUUGAAGCAUUCUAAAGGAAAAAACCGUUAUACCGCUACCAAAAAGUCAAUUCAUGUAGCCAGGUGCUAACGAUAACGCUCCUAACCUACCUAGCAACAAGCAGAGGAAACUAUGAAUGAUGACAACUGCAAGUUAUUUGAAAGAGUUGCUGCGAAGAUGGGGUGGUCGGACAAGGGAGGACUGGACACGGUGGAGAAGAAGCUGAUGAGCACAAUUGGAAAGACUCGUCUUGCCGCCACGAGUGGGCAUCGACCUGUGGAUCGAUCCGCUUCGCCCGUCCAGCUUGUCCUCUCCGGGAGUGAGGACGACCCAGAGAAGGAGAACCAACGCUUCAAAAGUAACGAAUACAGAAGCAAGUGGUUGACUGAGUCCAGUGACGACGACUUUGACCAGUUUCUUGUGGGAAGGGCGACACCGAAAGCUAAGCCCCCUGCACAGAAAACUUGUAGUGCUGCAAAGAAAGACAGUUCAAAUGUUCAUGUGGUGAGCUCUGAUGAAGACGACGGUUUUGAGACAUUUCUGCAACGAGUGAAAACCCCGAGUGCCAAGCCAAGGGAAUUAUCAAAGAGUGCGAGUGAAGACAGCCUCAAAAGCUUCAUAGUGAACGACUUCUCAUCAGAUGAUGACUUUAUUGACACUAAUUUAUCUUUGAAAGUGCCUAAGAAGAGCAACACUCCAGCAGCUCAGCUUCCGCUGAGGAGACCGAUGUCUCAAUGGGAGUCCCCAGUCUUCGUCAGUGACAGUGAUGACGAUGACAACAUUGUGGUCAAGAGCACUUGGAGAACUCGCCACACGAAACCUAAACCCCCGGCAACAGCUAACAAAGAUAAUGCUCUGCUGUGUGAUAAAGACAACAGUUCGCCGUCAAUGCCUUUGCUUCCGGUCCCGUCCCCUUUUCCUUUUCGUCCACACGACACUCCGACCCCACCGGCGUCUCCCAAGCGUACUCUUUCAGCACCUGGUAAGCUGGAUGACUCGGCCAGUUCUGAGGAGGAGUUCACAUCCCUUCUGGAGAGACUGAAAAGGAAAAACCAACACACCAGCACUACACACUCGCCUAAGAACACCAAAGAGUACAGCAAGGAGCCGCCUGUGUUUUUUCCUCCUGUAAAGGGACGCACAACAUCAGCCACCAAAACAUUAGCGGAGACACCUUUGAAUGUGAAAACACCAGGGAAACUCACCACCUUGAGGCCCACGGUCAGUCAGACCGAGCCGAGACAUGGCCCCACCAGCAGGGUGGUGGUGUGUAAGACCCCAGGUUGCUUCCUGCAGUCACUGUCACUCCCUGGCUCCACCUAUGGCCAGCGCUUCAAGCAGAACAAGGGCGACCUCACCAGUAGACUCUACCAGCUGUACAAUAUCAGUGUAUUCGACAGUAAGCUUCCUGUUGAUAUGCAAGUGACCUGGAAUAAGAAGAUGCGGAAAACAGCUGGUUACUGUAUCACGGGGCAAGAGCGAGGCGGGGGGAGCCGCUACGCCCGCAUCGAACUGUCCGAGAAAGUCUGUGAUUCUGCAGAUCGUCUCAGGGACACACUGAUUCAUGAGAUGUGUCACGCCGCAACAUGGCUGAUCAAUGGCGCAAGGGACGGGCACGGAACCUUCUGGAAGCUCUAUGCCCGCAAGGCCACAGUGGUUCAUCCCGAGCUGCCCAUGGUCACUCGCUGCCACAGCUAUGAUAUCAAAUACAAAUUCCAAUACCAGUGCACCCGCUGUCAGAACUCUAUCGGCCGUCAUUCCAAAUCACUGGACACACAGCGGUUUGUGUGCGCCCUCUGCACGGGUCAACUCGUCUUGCUGACCCCUUCCAAGCCGCGUGCUCCCACGCCUUUUGCCAACUUCGUCAAAGAGAAUUACGGGACUGCGCGACAGGAGCUAGUGGGACAAAGCCACGGGGAAGUGAUGCGUAAGCUCAGUGCAGACUUUGCCUCCAAGACUAAACUCAGUCAAAGCUGAGAUCUUGCGUGUAACUGUACAUAAAUGCCGCGUUGAGUCGCACAAUCACAGGAGUCCCUGUUCAGAUUCUCAAAUACCUCCAUCAACUAGUCUUACAUCACAAAGCAGCUGGGAUUGUUCAUCUUGAUUCAAUAUUUAUACUUUUCAUGUUUGUAUUUGUCAGUAUUUGAUCAUAGACUGGACCUGGUGAAACGGGAAAAAACUGAGCCUAGAUAGCAAGUUAAUGUUCCUGAGUGUGUCUUUGUGUCUUUUGUGUGCGUAUGUUUAUGAUUGUGUUUUUAAACAUUUGACUUUAAAGUUAUGAACUCUUUAAAUAAAGUUUAAUCUUGACCAUA